AUGGUGAACACCAGGAAGAGCUCCCUGCGCCCCCUGGGCAAAGCGGCGGCCGCCGCGGCCGGAGCCGGCAGCCAUUUCAUCUCGUCCCGGACCCGCUCCUCCAAGAGAGGCACCAAGGCCGGGCUAGAGGAGGCGGCGGCGGCCCGGAAAGAUGAAGGUAGUGAUGGUAGUUUGAGUGAUAGCCACAUAUCCCCUCCAGCCAAACGUACCUUGAAACAUGCUGAUCCGGUGUGCAAAGACAAAUCAAAAUCACGCAGUACUGGGCAGCGAGAGGAAUGGAGCAUUUCAGCUGGACAGUCCAGGUUAACGUCUCAGGCUGGUGCUACAUUACCAACUGGACGUAGCUUAUCUCUCAAAAGCCAUCCCCUUCGAGGGGAAAAAAAGGGAGAUGGGGACCAUGCUUGCAUAAACGGAGAUAUAGAAGUGAGAAAAAGUUGUCGGUCCAGGAAAAACAGAUUUGAAACUUUGAAUCAGAGUUUAUUGUUUGAUCAGCUAGUAAACAGUACUGCUGAAGCUGUACUACAAGAAAUGGACAAUAUUAACAUCAGGCGGAAUAGGCGGUCUGGAGAAGUAGAACGGCUGCGAAUGUGGACAGACACAGAAUUUGAAAACAUGGACAUGUAUUCUCGAGUGAAGAGAAGGCGGAAAUCACUGAGAAGAAAUAGCUAUGGAAUUCAGAACCAUCACGAAGUGUCCACUGAAGGGGAAGAAGAAGAAUCUCAAGAGGAAGAUGGAGAUAUAGAAGUAGAAGAGGCAGAAGGAGAAGAAAAUGAUCGACCUUAUAAUCUAAGGCAAAGAAAAACUGUGGAAAGGUACCAGGCACCUCCAAUAGUGCCAGCUCAUCAAAAAAAGAGGGAAAAUGCACUGUUUGAUAUUCACAGAUCUCCUGCAAGAAGAAGCCAUAUCAGAGAGAGGCAACCUGCAUCACUUGCUCCCUCCCGAAGACAUGACCCUCAAGCGGAAUCUUUUGAGGAGCAGGCCACUAAUACUGAUGAAGAGGUCUCUCCUAUUAUUUCAUCAUUGUCUCUGGAUGAAGCUGUUAUGAUUCUUCGUCCAUCCUUGGUGGAUGAUUUUAAGCACUUCCAAGUUCUGGUCAAGAGAAUUGCUGACUCCUUGCGGUUCUCUUUCCAGGAAGUUAAAGAACUUCAUCAUAAGCUGCUUGAUAUCCUCUAUUCACCUACCUUUGCCCACUUAGCUUUGCCUGUCAAUGAAGCUCUUCUGGACUCCAGCUACUGCAUGCAAGAGAGUGGAUAA